AUGGAAUGUUUCGGAGAAUCUUUGAACCAAGAACUGGAAGAUCUUCAGGAGCACCAGACAGCAAUUGAAACAAAGAUGCUUAGUUUACACAAAAUGCUCCCCAAUCUGCAGUUAUUACAUACAGACUCUCGUCAGUUAUCCAGCAUGGUUUCCUUCACCUCGACACUGGCGGAAAAUGUCAGUGGGAAAGUACGACAGCUAGAUCUGGCCAAGAGUCAUGUCACGGCCUGUAUGCAGAGAGUUGAAGAUGUGCUGGAUCUUAAAUUCUGCACUGAUGGUGUUCAGACAGCACUUCAGAAUGAAGAUUAUGAACAGGCAGCAGCUCACAUCCAUAGGUUCCUGAGUCUGGAUGAAAAUGUCCUUAGGAUGACAGAAGGAUCAAAUGAAGGCAGCACACUUGAUACAUCCUUCCAGUUAUUACAUGAAGCCGAGUCCAAGCUCAAGAAAAUAGUUCACAAAAACUUUGAUGCGGCUGUGCAUUCCAAAGAUGUAGCAUCUGUAGAGAGAUUCUUCAAAAUAUUCCCUCUUAUUAAUCUUCAUGAUGAAGGGCUCACCAAAUUUUCCAAAUACUUGUCAGCCCAGAUAUCUGAGACAGCUGAGACCAAUCUUAAUCAAGCUUUAAGUGUGAAAUCCAGUGACAAGCGUUCAACUGUGAUCUUUGCUGAUACAAUCACAUUGCUAUUUGAGGGUAUCGCUAGGGUGGUGGAAAUCCACCAGCCCUUAGUGGAGACAUAUUAUGGUCCUGGAAAGAUGUUCCCCUUUAUGGCUGCUCUGCAAAAAGAAUGCGACAGGCAGACAAGAAAAAUUGUUGAAAAAUUCAAGGAGAGUCGUGAUUUUACCCGAAAGGUACAAAAAGUUCGACAGAGUUCCAUGCCCCGAGCAACAGCAGCAGAAAAAAUAGACCCCAAAGAGUUGGAUGUCCUUCUAGCAGAGCUGACCCUCAUGAAUGCCAGGGCAGAGCUGUACUUGCGUUUUGUUAGGAGGAGAGUCGUGGCUGAUGUAGAAGUGAGUCAAGAGGAAGACAGGACAGAGAAAGUUGCAGAGGUGGAUAAGUUUCUCAGUGAUUGUGAUCUGAGUCGGCUGAUGCAGGAACUGGUGGGGAGUUAUAUCAUGAUGGAGGAGUACUUUAUGAAGGAGAUGGUGGUCAAGGCUGUGAAAAUGGACACUUAUGAAGGUGGUGCUAUGACUUCUAGUAUGGUGGACGAUGCAUUUUUCAUAGUCAAGAAAUGUGUCAGGCGUGCGAUGUCUAGCUGUAGUGUUGAUGGCGUGUGUGCCAUGCUGAAUAAUGCUUGCACAAUGUUGGAACAGGACUUCAAAGAGGAGCUACACAGCCGUCUAAAGCUUGGUUUCCCAUCUGGGUUUGAUCUCACUCAGGCCUAUAACUUAGUGCAGUCUAGUAUACAGCAGGGAAAACUACAGAGCUCUGAUACAGAAAAAGCUAAGGCGAACUUUCUGUGCAUGUUAAAUGACACAGAAGUAAGCAGUGAUUAUAUACAGACAUUAAAGAAAAACCUGCAGGCAGAGAUCACCAAAGUAUUUGGCCAUGUACAUCAGCACAGUCAAGAAAAACUGGAGAGUUGUCUGUCAGAGCUGGCGUCAGUGUCUAAUAAAUUCCGAGAGGUGCGAGAGUUUGGCUUCACCCAGCUAUACAGUGCUGCCAUUAAACCUCGUAUCAAGCCCUGGGUGGACACUUUCUCUGCCACUAGCCACUUAAUUGAUGAUGAGGAGUUUACUAACUAUGAAGCCAAUGACCCCUGGGUCCAGGCCUUCAUUGUACAGCUAGAUAAUCUUCUCAAUACAUUUAAGGCUUCGCUGACAACAGGCAAUAAUGAUACAUUUGUGAGUCAUGUGACCACUGAGGUCACCAUACAACUAGAAAAGGCAGUGCUAAAAAUGUCUUUCAAUAGGUUGGGAGGUUUGCAGUUUGACAAGGAGCUCCGUGCCUUAGUAGGCUACCUCACCUCAGUGACGACAUGGACGAUACGAGACAAGUUUGCGCGACUCACCCAGAUGGCCACGAUACUCAACCUUGAGAAGGUAAAUGAAAUUCUGGACUACUGGGGUCCUAACUCGGGUCCUCUGACAUGGAGGUUGACCCCCACCGAGGUCAGGCAGGUCUUGACCCUAAGGGUUGACUUCAGAGGAGAUGACAUCAAGAGGCUCAAGUUAUAGUAGUCGUCAGGGAAUAUCACUACAGUUCCACAUAUCAGUGUCUUGAUUCACAAAGUAUCCUAUGCCGAUUUAACAAAAUUCUGUUCUGUGAUCAGUAAAUAUCCAGCACUUUAUGGAUUAGGGUGUCAUUGAACUGUAACAGCCCAGUUAAAGUCUAUUAUCCCAGUCAGGUUUUGGACACCUCACAUCCCAAGUCAGUGUAGGUGCUUCCUCAGGCCUUAUAAACAGCUCAGUCAUUUUCUAACUCAAGCCUCAGAUUUGAAAGGACAAAUGCCCAAAUUAAAGACUCCAGCCCAGCCAUGAAUUAACUGUCCCAAUGUAAAAUUACUUUUAUCCCCUUAUGUCUGUAUGAGCCUGUAUAGUCAAGAAUGCAUUGCUGCCAUAUAAAAAUAACCCAUAGGGGGCCUAUGUAUACUGAGUAUAUGUUUGAGUAAUGAAAUGCUAAGCUUGUGGCAAAUAAUUCUACCUUGGGGUGGUUAAUUUGUGGCUGGAGUCGUUAAUUUGUGCAUUUGUGUUCCCAAAUCUAAGGUUCAUGUAAGGAAACAGCAAUAAUCAAUUAUGAGGACAGUACAAUAGUCACAGGGCAGUUUGCAGAACUUCAGAAAUUUUGUUUGUCUGGUACUGGGGUCCAUUGGUACCAACUGAAUGAUCAUUGAACCCUGGUAUCACAGCACUUUUGUGGCAUUUUCCAAUGCACAAUUUUCUAGCCUUUAUUAAUACUAUUGUGGUACUUUCCUAGCCUUUCAUAUUGGCAGAAUCCAAGAGUAUUUUUUCAAAAAGAGAGAUAUGUAACUCUUUAUAAAUUAACAGAGGGUUCAAGGGGCAUAUUUGUGGAAGUUAUCAUAUAAUGUUGGGGAAGAAAAGUGAAUUACUGUUCUUUUACAGCGAGGAAGAUUUUUCUAUUAAAUCAUAUUCGGUGCAAAAAAUGCAAGGCAAGGGGAUUAGAUGUGCUUCAUUCUGCAUAGAUGUGUACAUAGGUGAUUGUAAAUAAUGUAAAUAAAUGCGGUACUGUUGAAAAACUACAUUUUGAAUCCCGUUAUUCAUUUUAGCUCACAGAUUCCUUGCGCAUGUGGUACUAAUUGAAACCCACUAUUUUUAUCUCU